AUGUAUGUCCGAGCACUCUUCGCCCUCCUUGCUACCGCCGUCUGCACUGCCAAACCUAUCGACUACGACAAAGUUGUGCCGUUCGCUCAACCUCAGCCAGUUACGAUCUCGGAGAAAAUCGCCGUUCGCUUCAACCCGACACUCGACAUCGAUGGGGGCUGCUAUCCGUAUCCUGCUGUGAACGCCGCCGGUGAGAUCACGGGCGGUCUCAAGCCGACUAUGGGGAAGCAAGGCUGCUUAGACCCUCCAGCGGGAUCGCAGGUGUACGGCCGAGCAACGUGGCAUAAUGACCGGUACGCCAUCAUGUUUGCCUGGUACUUCCCGAAGGCGUUCACGAGACGCAAACCGAGUAAGCGCCACGACUGGGCGAAUGUUGUGAUCUGGAUCGAUAACCCGACUGUGGAACUGCCGUCAGUACUUCAAAUCACGGUCCCGGAUGAUCUUGGGCGGAUGGUGUCUGGUGACUCUGGUCAAUGCUUCGAUGGCCUGAAGCCGACACUCAAAUCGACAACGCCCCACUUCGUUCUCACUCUCCAAUUCAUCAACACGCGCACAGUGACCUACUGCCACGCGCCCGGCAGCAGCGCUCCCCUGAAUCUCAUCAUGUGGGACCAACUGACCGAAGCCGCGCGAAACCCGCUGAAUACGGCGAGCUUCGACGGCUCCCAGGUCCCCUUCAACGAACCAAACUUUGCUGCAAAAUUGGACGAAGCUGCGGGUAAAAGGCCCAUGGCUAGAUAA